CCUGUUUCUUCAUAAUUCGCCGGAAAACUGAAAUUCUGGAAAACGUUAGUAUCUUCAUAAUUCGUGUGAGAGUUGCGGCGGUGUUUAUAGUCGAAGAAGUUGUCCCGGAAAAUCGCUCCCGGAAAGCUCGUAAGCUUCAGUGGAGGAGGUAAAAAUGGUGUUUUUUAUUUAUUUAUUUUAUUCAUUUCUGGCGCACAAGAUUUGCACCGUUCACAUGUACCUGGCGCAAGGAAUUUGCGCCAGUUCCAUGCACCUGGCGCAAAAUCUGUGCGCCAGGUCCAUGGAACAUAUGCAAAUGUCGUGCGUCAGGUAAGGAUCGGAGAUGGGGCGGCGGAGAUGGGGCGGCGUUGAGGGCGGCGGAGAUGUUUAUAGCCGGUAGGAGGAAGGGAGGGAGAGAGCAGAGAAGGAGAAGGCUCAUGAAGGAGGGGGGUGAAUUUGAUUUUAAAGGAUAGAAUCGUACUUUAACGUAAUAAAUUAGGGUGUUAUUAACGGAACAUGGCGUCGAAUAAAAAUCCCCAAUUAUCUCUUAUCCACUUAUUACAAAUAAAUUAGUUAAAUUUAGCAAGCCUUGUCACAAAAAAUCACAAAUUCUUACGACACCCUCAAAUUCCAACCACCAACAAUGGCGGAGGCAUCAAACACAGAAGAACACAUUCUCCUCCUCCCAUUCUUAGCCCAAGGCCACCUCCGCCCUUUCCUCCACCUUGCUAAUCGCCUUCUCUCCCACACUCCCUUCUCCGUCUCUAUCCUCACCACCCCUCUCAACGCCGCCAAUCUCCGCCGUCAAUCAGAAAAUCGUAACCUCAACAUCGUCGAACUCCCCUUCAGCAGCACCGACUACGGUCUCCCUCCGAACACCGAAAACACCGACAGAAUCCCUUUAACCUCCAUCAUUAAUCUCUUCAAUGCCACCACCUCGCUCGAACCUCACCUCCGUGACUACCUUUCGCGCCACCACCUUGGCAACCCCCCCACCUGCAUUAUCUUCGACGUCUUUUUGGGCUGGGCUGACAACGUGGCCCGAUCAAUAGGGUCCACCGGAAUUUGCUUCAACACCGGUGGGACCUACGGUGUGGCGGCGUAUAUUUCGAUCUGGAAUCAUCUCCCUCACAGGAAUGUAGGAGACGACGAGGAAUUUUCGCUUCCGGGUUUCCCCGAGAAUAUUAAACUCCGACGUAAUCAGCUCCACCGGUUUUUAAGGGCUGCUGAUGGGUCCGAUGAUUGGUCGAGGUUUUUCCAGCCACAGAUUAGAUCAUCCUUGAAUUGUUCUGGGUGGUUGUGCAAUACUGUGGAGGAAAUUGAGCCGGUAGGGUUUCAAGUACUGAGAAAUUCAAUGAAAUCACCAAUUUGGGGAAUUGGUCCUUUGAUUAUGAACUCUUCUAGUUCUAAUAAUGAUAGUAAAAAUGAUGAAGAAGGUUGUUUAGAGUGGUUGAAUGAAUUUGAAAAAGACUCUGUUUUGUACAUUUGUUUCGGUUCACAGAACACUGUGAGUCCGAUUCAGAUGAUGGAAUUUGCAAAAGGGUUGGAGGAGAGUAAGGUUCCGUUCUUGUGGGUGAUCCGACCGCCAUUCGGGUUCGAUUUCAAUGGGGAGUUGAAACCCGAAUGGCUGCCGGAAGGGUUCGAAGAAAGAAUGAGGGAGAAUAAACAGGGGAAGUUGAUAAGAAAAUGGGCGCCUCAGUUGGAGAUUCUGAGGCAUGAGGCGACAGGAGGGUUUUUAAGUCAUUGUGGGUGGAAUUCAGUAUUGGAAGCGUUAAGUGAAGGGGUGGCGAUAAUUGGAUGGCCAUUGGCGGCAGAACAAGCAUAUAAUUCGAAGAUGAUGGUGGAGGAAAUGGGGAUUGCAGUGGAGCUGACAAGAGGAUUGGAAGGGGAGGUGAAGGAAGAGGGGGUGAAGAGGGUGGUGGAAAUGGUGUUUGAUAGAAAAAAGGGGAGUUAUGGGUGGGAGAUGAAGAAGAAGGCUGUUGAAAUUGGGGAGAAAUUGAAGGUUGCAUGGAUAAUGGAGGGAGUUAAUAAGGGUUCUUCUGCUAAGGCAAUGGAUGAUUUUGUGGAGUUCAUAGUUUCUUGUAGGAGUAAGGAAGUUGCUUGAACUUGGAUUAGAAGUUAGAACGCGUAUGUAUUACAUACAUGCUGGAUACUAUCAGUCAUAUCAGAAAUUGUUCCGGUGCAAUUUUCGAGUAUAGCUUAGUUGAUAAAAUGGCAGGAUUAUUUUAGUGGUGGGUUUGAUACAAAUUACAAAACCAAAUGGCUCUACUUUUAUGUAAUGGUAAUUUAUGACAAGUGGUUCAAGUGAACCCUUUUAACCUUAGCAGUUUAGCAUAUAGCUACACUGAGUUGAACAACGAAUGCGAAAAAGACAUUUGUUUGUUUCGGGUUGCUUGGUUUUGGUUAUAUCUCACACACUAUACAGAUACUAUGUUGUUAUA